AUGUGGAAGAGAACUGAUCCUCAAGCCAAGAUCAAAGCAGGGGAUCGGCCUCAGACUUGCCAUUCUCUGGCUCUGGGAUCGGCCACAGAGUCGGCACUGCCACAGGCUCUAGAACAGUCAGACUUUCAGAGCUUUUCGGUAUUUGAGGACAUUAGCCAACACAUCAAAGAAGUAGGAGCCCAACUGGUAAAGAAAGUGAAUGCCAUCUUUCAGCUCGACAUCACCAAAGAUGGGAAGACCAUUCUGCAGUGGACCAUUGACCUCAAGAAUGGUUCCGGGGACAUGUACCUGGGGUCGGCCCGGCUUCCUGCAGACACUGUCUUCAUCAUCCCUGACUCUGUCUUCACAGAGUUAGUUGUGGGUAAGAUGAACCCACAGAAGGCUUUCCUGGCUGGCAAGUUUAAAGUGAGAGGCAAAGUUCUCCUUAGCCAGAAGCUGGAGAGAAUCUUCAGAGAGUGGGCUAAGUUUUAA